AUGCUGGUAGAAAGAUAUGUGAACUAUGGCACCCUAGGAUUUGUGGCUGGUCACGAGAUAAUACAUGCCUUUGAUGACAGAGGUAUCACUAUUGAUGAGUUCGGCGUCGACUUUGAAAAAGACCAGUGGUCCAAUGCCACAAGACAAGAGUUCAACCGGCGCAUGCAAUCCCUGAUCGACUUUUAUGCUAAGACAUUCCAGUCGUAUCGCCAUGAGCAGGGACCAACCAAAGCACGUGUCUUGCCAGGCUUCGAGAAAUAUACUAACGACCAGCUGUACUUCCUCUCGUUCGCUUCGAUAUGGUGCAACAAUAACAAGUAUGACCCAAACUCCAUCUACAGCAACAACCAUGCAAGUACAGCGCCCGUUGCAAAAGGCGGCAGGAAAGCAAACAAGGCUUAUGCCAACAAGGACGGAAAGUACAACACAGAGGGGUGCCGCGAGCACGUCUCCGUGGACAAAAAGGGAUUCACGGUGACAAGCCGCUGA